UCUUGUACGACGUGUGGGUCAUUAGAAAAUAAGCGCCAAUCUUUGUUACGCCCACAAAGGGCACGUGUUGAUACCGCUCAUCCAGAAGUUGUUUGAAUGUCGUAUGCUCUCACGCUUGCGCUCGACUCUUUCUCUCUUGCCACCAUGAAGAUCGCUGGUCCCUCACGACCACGUCCGGUCCCUGAUCCAAGAGAUAGAGACAACUAUGAGGAGGAUCUUGCCCGUAUGAUCGCCCAGCUGGAGCUUUCUGAUGUGGAGAGAUUGCAGGCUUUAUAUGAUACCAGAAUGCAUCGAGGAGAGACACUCACUGAUCGUGAAGUUGCUUUCUCAUUGUUGAUGCAGAAUGCUCGAGAACUUGCGGAGUUCAAUGCUGAUCGGGAACUUGCCCAGCGACUUGCUGUUGAAGAACCUGAUCCUAUGCCUAGGCCGGCAACAGUAGCACAGCAAGCUGUGGCGCCCCAACCCACCGUGAGAAACACGACAGCACAAACGCAAACAUGGGGCCAGUGGUUUGCUUCCUUGUUUUCGGCGCCCGAAUCGGGUGGUCGAACCCCCCCACUCCGGGCAAAUCCAGGUCGAGUGCCCACCACUGUAGCUAGGCCAGCUCCCCCUCCUCCCCGCCCUCGGGCUACUGGCCAUGACUGUGUGAUCUGUCAGGAUCCCAUCUUCGGAGCAGAAGUUCGGGCACCAUGUGGCCAUUUUUAUGAUAUCGACUGCAUCACCAACCUAUUCCAAUCAGCCACCCGCGACGAGAGCCUGUAUCCUCCUCGAUGUUGUCGCCAGAACAUUCCACUCCCACAAGUUCGGUCUCACCUGACACAGGAAGUCCUCGCUGAGUUUACCCUCAAAGCUCAAGAAUUUGGGACCAUGAAGCGCGUUUAUUGUGUUGCACCAGCGUGCAGCCGUUUCCUCGGGCCAUUAUAUGAGGGGUUUUUCACCAAGGUCUUUACAUGCCCGUCCCCCACGUGUACUACGACGACGUGUGGAAAAUGUCGUGGUAGAUACGAAGGGUACACCCACAGCUGCACUACCGAUGCAGAGACUGAGCAAGUACUCACACUCAGCCAAGCCUCAGGGUGGGCACGUUGUCCAGGCUGUGCUCAGAUGAUCGAGCUUAACAUGGGGUGUUUCCACAUGACCUGCCGAUGCAAGACAGAGUUCUGCUAUCUGUGCAAAGCACUCUGGAAGAGCUGCAGGUGCCCGCAGUGGGACGAGGCUAGGCUGCUUGCUGCUGCAGAGCGUCGCGUGGAUGCUCAGCUACCGCCCGCACGUCGUGCCCAGCCUGCUAAUCCUCCCCAACAGGCACCUGCAGCGCGCCAACCAGUGCCAGCUGCUGGCGCUGCUAGAAACCAGCCUAUUAAUCUACCCAGACCGGCACCUGCGGCAGCGCCCAGACCAGCGCCAAUUGUAUUUGGCAAUAUUCGCCCUGCAGACCCUCCUCAACAGGUUCCUGUGGCAGCGCCCAGACCAGCGCCAGUUGUCAAUAUCUGGGCUACGGCUCGUCAUGCUGAGGUACCUGCCCCAGCUCCUCCUCCUGUUCUACCCCAUACCACGACUCUCCGUCGUGAGGCACUAGCACCAGCACCUCUUCCAGAACCCCCUUCCCAGACUCGCAGGACUCGCCGUGCCGAGGCGAAUGCUCGCGUUUCAGCAUGGUUCACAGACGUACCACAGCCACAGCCCGCAUCAACUACCGUAACGUCGGGCUUGGAUAGGAACGCUGUCAGACAGCGUAUGAUCAGGGAGACCAUGGAGCGUCUCAGAGUGGACCACGACUGUGACCACACAAGCUGGAAAUACCGGAGCGGUGGCGGACGUUGUGAGAGCUGCGAAAUGCAUCUCCCACUGUACCUCUUCCGUUGUGCAGGGUGUCAAAUGCACGCUUGUAACAGGUGUCGUCGAAACCGUCUGUGAAAAUGACCGAAUCCAAAUUCUCGAUGCUUUGCUGAUAACUCGCAAGUGGAUUUCUUGUAAAUGAUACUUCGAUCCUGGACCAGCUCGCUCUCAGGCACUACAAUGCGUCGUAUACUUAGACUAUAGGUACGACUGUUUUCUUUAGUUUGUGGUCUAAGGGAGAUCCAUGUACAAUCACAUAUUGGCUGGUAGCCAAAUUUAAUUAUCAGUGGUGGGUCGUCUUGGACCCUGAUUAAAAACAUAUCAGGAGUGGCGGAGC